AUGAUGCUGCCUGCACUGGGCGGUCGGAGCCCGCUCUUCAUGCUCUCUGUGAGCGCUGGCUGUGUCAUGGUUUUUAUCUUUGCCUUCAUGGCCUGGCAGAGCCCGCCUCGCAUGGUGUUUACUCACGAUACCGCUAUUGCCGCUGCAAACGCCCACUCUGAUGUAUCUAUCAGUGAAGUCAUACGGCUACUUUACAAGGACAUCAAGACUGCGCCCACUGCGCCCUUUAUUCGCGAACCAAACGGCACCCGCAUUACUUUGCCACCCAACCCGCGCUACACGAAGAACUUGGGCAGUGAUGUCCUAGUCCUGGACUUGGAAACAAGACCGCUACCCUCCACCGAUGCAUACCACAAGGGCGAAUACGACUGGAGAAACAUCAACCACGUUUCUGGCGGUGUUUUCAACCACUACACAUAUGCAUUAGUCCAUGGCUAUGACUACAAGUUUAUCCACGCAAGCGAAUUUGAAGACCGCCAUGCUACUUGGAUUAAGCCUUCUGCGCUCGCAAAUCACAUCAAGGACUACAAAUUCAUUGUCUUCCUCGACGCCGAUGCCGCAUUCCGCUUCUUGCACGUCCCGAUCGAGUGGAUGCUCAACUACUGGGAUAUCCAGCCGCAGCACUCUUUUGUAAUGGCAAAGGAUCCCUGGACUGCCAAGGAACCACAAUACAACUCUGAUCGAUUCAACCGCACCUACACCAACACUGGCUUCAUGAUUGUCCAAAACAACCCAGACACCAUGCCCAUCCUCAAGGCAUGGCACGAGUGCCCUGACGACACGCGCUACGCAAACUGCUCGCAAUGGAAACAGCCCCGCUUCCACGAACAAUCUGCUUUUGGCGAAUACAUCCGCUACGACUAUGAGGACAACAUCAAGGAACUGGAAUGCGCCGAAGCAAACGGUUUCCCCGGCGUAGAAAUCAGCAACUGCCAGGGCAAGUUCAUCCGCCACUACUGGUUCGACAAGAGCAACGUCAAGAUUGAUUUCCGCGAGAACAUCAUGAACGCCAUUACUCUUCCGAUACAAAAAGUCUUUGCAGAAAAUGUCGGCGGCGUCAUACAAGAGCAGAAAGAGAACGUAAUAUUGUCAUAA